UGAAAGCAAAGAAAGAAAAGUGGUUCGUAAUGAAGAUGUCUUCUUCUUCUUCUUUGUAUCAUUUUAAUUUAUCAUUCAUUCUUCUUUCUCUCUUCAAUCCCGGCCAGCCAGCCAGCAAGCAGAUAUGGAAACUGAACCUUCUCCUCAAUCCCCUCACCACUCAGAGUCAGAUCCAAUUAACAACAACUCCUCCUCCUCCUCCUUCUCUGUCGACACCUCCCGUCCCUUCUCCUCCGUCAAAGAAGCCGUCGCCAUCUUCGGUGAGAAACUCAUCUCCGGCGAACUCUACUCCUAUCCCAAACCUCUCCUCCCUUCCUCUACUCCCAGGCGCCUACCUUCCUUAUCCUUUUCCGAGAUUCAACCUGCUUCUUAUGAAGAUGAUACUCCGAGGAACCUCACUUAUUAUUAUUACACCAACGGAUUUAAAAACGGCGAUUCGGCGAUCGUAGAUGCUGUAAGGAGGAUCGAAGCGGAUCUGGAGCAGACUAAAACAGAAUUAAGGAUUUUGAAGAUGAGAGAAAGUGAAACAGAGGUGAUUUUAGCGUCAUUGAACGCGGAGCUACAUAGAAGCAUGUCGAUUAUAGCGAAAGCAGAAGCGGUUGAGGCUGCAAUGGCGGCUAAGGAGAGGGAAAAUAUUAAUGGCGGUGGAAUGAGAGAGAAAGCGGCGACAUUAGGUCAGAUACUGAACUGUAGGGAAGAAGAAAGGUUUUCUUUGAAGAAUAAUAAGAAUAAGAAGAAGAUGAAGAAGCCGAUUGUGCCAUUGCUGCUGCUUCGCGAUUUGUUCUCGAGGAAGAAGAAAGGUAUUUGAACUUCUUCUUCUUUCAAUUCAAAUCAAAUCAAAUUGGGAGGGAGGUGAAAAGAACAAAUGCCAAAAUUUGAGUGCAAGAGUGAAAGGUUAAUCAAACUUCAAGGGUUCCUGAGGCUUUUUUGUGUGCAUUGAAUUUUUAAGUUUUAUUUUUUAUUUUUAUUGUUGUUAUUGGGUUUUAAUUGACAUAUGAUAUAUAGUUUCAGUUCCUUUUGUCAAAUCAAAAAUUUAAAAGCAACAAUAAUAAGCCAAUAUGA